UGGGCGUCGAAAAAUGUAACCCAAAGACUCAGCUGCAUUUCUUUUACUGCCUAUGUAUUAUUUUUGUAAAACUGUAGCACGCGCUGAGAUGAAGCUUUUUUGCUCUUUACGGCACAUGCAUUUCACUGGCCCAGCCCGUCUCCGUUACGCUUGCCGACAGCACCCCUCUGCCCUACCUCUCCGGCCCUCCUCCUCACCUGCGUGCGCCCCGGCCGCCAGCCCCGCCGGGUCGCCUCCGCCCUGCGACUGGCUGGGGCGCGCGCCCCGGGGGCCGGACUCCAGCCGCCCAGCUGAGACGCGAUUCGUCACUCUUGCAGAACUUUCCCCCUGUAAAUCCGUGCACCAGAACCAGCCCUGCCUCCCCGGGGAGGUUUUGAUUUUAGUGGCUUUCCUUCCUUUUAUUUUCCAUCGUGUUUGGGGUUUGGCUGCGGAGUGAACUUGCGGCGGGUCUGAGUGCCAUUUCAGAGGUAAUCCCCCCAGCAGCGGGUAACCCUGACACCAUGCACUCCGAAGUCGAAGAAUCCAAGGAAGAUCUGCUAUUUCACAAAGAAAACAGUAGCCAUUAGACAACUCCCUCCACUUCCUGCUCCCAGACUGACAGGCUCACCUUCACCACGCCCACCCUCCCGGUGUCUGUGGAACAGUGGCCACAGAUGUCUUUAAUUCCAAAAAUUUGGCCGUUCAGGCCCAAAAGAAGAUCUUGGGUAAAAUGGUAUCCAAAUCCAUCGCUACUACCUUAAUCGAUGACACGAGCAGCGAAGUGCUAGAUGAGCUCUACCGGGUAACCAAGGAGUACACCCAGAACAAGAAGGAGGCUGAGAAAAUCAUCAAGAACCUCAUCAAAACAGUCAUCAAGCUGGCCAUUCUUUAUAGGAAUAAUCAGUUUAACCAAGACGAGCUAGCCCUGAUGGAGAAGUUUAAGAAGAAAGUUCAUCAGCUGGCUAUGACCGUGGUCAGUUUCCAUCAGGUGGAUUACACCUUUGACCGGAAUGUGCUGUCCAGGCUGCUGAAUGAAUGCAGAGAGAUGCUGCACCAAAUCAUCCAGCGCCACCUCACCGCCAAGUCACAUGGACGCGUGAAUAAUGUCUUUGAUCAUUUUUCAGAUUGUGAUUUUUUGGCUGCCUUGUACAAUCCCUUCGGGAAUUUUAAGCCUCACUUACAAAAACUGUGUGAUGGUAUCAACAAAAUGUUGGAUGAAGAGAACAUAUGAGCGUGUGAAUUACGAUUGUGACUGCUCAUGAUUUAUUUGGAGAUGGAGCACUGUUGAUUUAUGAAGGAAAAAAUAAUUUUUUGAAGAUUACACGUAUUUCAGAAAUGCUUUGCCCAGUUCAGUUGUUGGACAUUGAUGAUAAUGUUGUAUAAGGCUCGUUUUAUUUGAAGAAAAGCAUGUUGCCAAAAAUUGCGGUUAAAAGCUUCCUAAGGAUUAACAGGGGAAAGAUGUUUGAUUGUAAUGCAAAUAUAGAGUUAUGCAAAGGAACAUAUGUAUGGUGCCAAACCUCAAGACAUCUUUUUUUUAGGGCAGUUGUUGUGAUGGUGGCACAUUGGUAUUUCUAAUGUGUACAGUUAUGUAUUUUGAUUCACUUUUAUUCCUUACUAUGUAUAUGUGCAUCUUUUAAAAAGCCAAGAACUUUCUCUUGCUGUCAUUUCUCCUUUCAAAACUAUUUCAUUUUCAAGUCCACCUUUUGUUAAAGAUGCUUUUGUUAAAGAUUUUUGUCGUUGACAUUCAAGAAUUAAGUCUUAAUUAAGAAUUAAGACAUUCAAGAUUUAAGGCAGUCAAAUGUGAACCCUCAGGAAAAUAAAAAAACUGCUUCUCUGAAAUUAAUAUUGUAGAAACCGACUGUAUUUGACAAUAUGAAUAAUGUCUAACGUAAGACUAUGCUUCUGGAAUCCAGUCCUGUUUUUUAGUACCAACAGCAAUACUUCCCAAAACAUGGUAAUUCCCCUAAAUGUAGUAACAUUCCAUUGCUUUGAAAUGCUUGCUAAGGGCUUAACUUUCAUGAUAUCUUAAAAAUGUGCGGAUGAAAAUCUCCAUUUUUAAUAUCCAUUUCGAAUGUAAGAGACAAAGAGAAUAUCUAGAUUACUCUUGAUAAAAGUAAAUGACUUUAAGAAAAAUAAAACAAUCUUUAUUUUAGAGAUGAGCCCAUGAAAAUAAUUUAGAGGAAUGAGGGUCAAACAUGAAGAACAGAUAUUGCUACAGAACAUGAGAAUGAAAAUUAAUGCAUUUCAAUGUUGAAUAAGGUUUGAUUGGUAAAUAAAUAAUGUCACUUUUUUAUUUAA